AUGCUGGACUACGGAACUGGUGGCCCCGUGUUUUUAAACCAAGAGGAUGUUGCUUCAUUUGACCCAAACAAGACAAAUAAGGGCCCGCAGGUUCACCCAACGAUUGAGCGAAUUCGAAGAUGCCACCAGAAUGACCUGGAAAACGUGAUCUUCUUUGUUCUGAUGGGCCUUCUCUACGUCGCCAGCGGACCCACAACGUUUGCCGCAUCGCUACAUUUCCGCAUCUUCACUGCUAGCAGAUUUCUCCACACAUAUGUUUACCUCUUUUCCAUCCCUCAGCCCACUCGUGUGCUGGUUUUUCACGUGGGAGUGUUCACGACGCUGUCCAUGGCCUAUCAUGUUUUUUCUCAAGUAGCUUUUUGA